GUUGUCUUUUAAGUUUUUCAUAUGGAAAUAAAACAACACGGUAGGUAGUUUUAAAUGAUUUUAUUGUUUUUCGAAGUAUCUGCAUGCGCUCGAACCAAUUUUCGAAGCACUUAUUCCACUCGUUUACUGGCAGAUCCAAAACGGCAUUUUUGAAUGCGUCAACUGCUUCUUCUUGUGACUGGAACCUUUGACCACGCAGUCUGUUUUUAAUUUUCGGGAAAGUAAAGAAAUCGUUGGAACUUA